UCUUUCCUUCUUCCUCCUCUGUUCUAGUUUUCGAAGAUAGUCAAUUACGGUUUGGUUAAUAUCUCGUCGAUUGCAAUGGAAGCGAGAACCGGCCGGUAUGUUCAAGAGCAUCCAUCGACGCCGGCGCCGGUUCCUCCGCCUUCAACGCGGCGGCCAAGGGUGAGAGAAGUCAGCUCGAGAUUCAUGUCUCCGGUUUCUUCUUCUUCCUCCUCCGGCGGAGAUCUCCAUUCGAAUUCUCCGAGGCAUCUUAACCACAAUCACCAACAGCACCAGAAGUCUAGACGGCAGUUGAAAUUAUCAGACGGAGGUGAGAACCGAUCUUCCGAGACUGCGCGUAGCCUACACUCGCCUUUUCCUCUUCAACAAAAACGAUCAAAGCCGUUGAAAGAGAACCGUCUCGACACUCCGACGACGGUGCUACCUCCUCCGUCCAGAUCUCGAUUGAACCAACAGCGUUUGCUUACCUCCUCAGCGGCGGCUAGGCUUCUCCGGUUAUCUGUCUCCACGGACGGUGAAGAAGACUACGACAGAGAGAAAUCCAACGGCUCAGAUCACGCAAAGCUCUUCAACACUCCCGCCUCCUCACCUCUUCGCCGAUCCCUGAGUUCAUCUUGCCACGACGUUAGAGCUUCACUGUUGAUUAAAGGUUCGUCAUUGCCUCCCGUGGCACCUAACUCGAAGAGUCAAGCCGAUACGAAGAGACAGAAGAAAGCUUUAGGACAACAAGUGGAUACACACUGUCUGAAACUGCUUCAGAACCGCUACUUGCAAUGGAGAUUCGCAAAUGCAAGUGCUCGGGUCAAAACACAAGCUCAGAAAGCUCAAGCCGAGAGGAUGUUUUACUCGCUCGGUUUGAAAAUGUCAGAGCUCUCCGACUCUGUGCAGAAGAAACGCUUAGAAUUGCAAAGACUAUUAAGAGCAAAAGUUGUGAAGGAGAUUGUGGAGUCUCAAAUUCCUUAUUUAGAACAAUGGGAAACUCUUCUUGAAGAAGAAUACUUAACUUCAGUAUCAGAAACAUCCGAAGCUUUAUUGAAUGCUUCGUUGAGGCUCCCUCUUGAUGCUGAUAUCAAAGUUGAGACUAAAGAGUUAGCUGAAACACUUGAUGUUGCCUCAAAGUCAAUGGAAGGCAUUGUGCAAAACAUUAGAAACUUUCUGCCUAAGACACAAGAGAUGGAGCCGUUGAUGUCCGAACUAGCUAGAGUAAGCAGCAAUGCAAAAGCAUCAGCAGAAGACUGUGGAGUUGGAUUGCUUAAGACACAUUCAUCACAUAUUGAAGAAUGCUAUCUUAGAAGUCAGCUUAUUCAGCAGAAGUGUGAACUCCAAGGGAGCAAAUAUUUUGUUUGAUGAUCUCUACCCAGAAUGGGGUUACCUUUACCAUACGGUCAAGCACUGCAACAUACACACACAAGCAUUGAAGCUCAAGUAUUCUUGCGGGAAAUAAUAAAAUUUCGACCAGUUACUUACAUUUAGUA